AUGCAUUCCAUCCUUCGAACUCGAUGUAUCGGACAUGUGGCAAAGCUGCGGUGCCGGCGGUACACCACUCCUUCAACUACGCCACCAAGACAUCUCCUCUCGAUAUCAAAUCUUACUCCAGCCGAGUUCACCGCUCUAGUUCGAAAUGGCUUGUCACAUAAACAGGCAGUUAAGUCUGGCUCUAUCCCUAAUUCCCUCGCGGGCGCACUCUCAGGCCAGACGGUUGCAAUGGUCUUCAACAAGCGAAGCACACGGACCAGAGUUUCUACCGAAGGGGCGGUGACGCGAAUGGGAGGUCAUCCGAUGUUUCUCGGGAAAGAUGAUAUCCAAUUAGGUGUCAAUGAGUCUCUCUACGAUACCUCUGUCGUCCUCUCUUCCAUGGUAUCAUGUAUUGUUGCCCGUGUUGGGCCACAUUCCGAUGUCGCCAAUAUUGCCAAGCACUCGACUGUCCCGGUGAUAAAUGCUCUGUGUGACACUUUCCAUCCACUACAAACCAUAGCCGAUUUUAUUACGAUAAAAGAACACUUUGCUCCUCAAGCAACUUCAAGGCUGGAAGGGUUGAAGAUCGCCUGGGUUGGGGAUGCAAACAAUGUGCUAUUCGACCUCGCCAUUGGAGCCACUAAAAUGGGAAUAGAUAUCGCCGUCGCCACCCCUAAGGGUUAUGAGAUGCCCUCUCACAUCGUUGACCUUGUCAAGAAUGCCGGAAACGGCGUUAGAAGCCCCGGCGCCCUCAUUCAAACCUACUCCCCCGAAGAGGCGGUCAAGAAGGCAGAUGUGAUUGUGACUGAUACCUGGGUAUCGAUGGGGCAAGAGGAGGAGAAACUACAACGAUUGAAAUCAUUUGAAGGGUUUCAGGUUACCAGCGAGCUUGCGAGCCGUGGAGGAGCGAACAAAGGCUGGCGUUUCAUGCACUGCUUGCCACGGCAUCCCGAGGAGGUCAGCGACGAGGUCUUUUAUGGAGAGAGGUCCCUUGUAUUCCCGGAAGCUGAGAACCGGCUCUGGGCUGCGAUAUCGGCUAUCCAAGCAUUUGUUGUUCAGAAAGGACAAAUCGUCUGA